AUGAGAAUGGACAAGCUUCUGUCCAACUCGGUUUCGCCGCAGGAUGGGAAGAGCUCGCCGAUGCUGGCCAUCGAGUGCGUCGCAGGGAGCUCCAAGGCCGACGAGUGGAACUUCGACAUGCUGCAGACGGGUGACAUCGUGGAGGAGAUCACCAUCGGGGGAUCCUCCCCCAUCACGGCUCCCUUCAAGCAUGGGUGCAGCGGCGUGCAGAAGAUGCUCCGCUCGUCGUUCAAGCGCGGGGAGACCUCCAUCUCGGUGCGCGUCCGGCGAGGAAGAGGCGAGUCCGUGUCUCUCCACGCCUGCGUCGUCCCCCACGAGCAGGCCGGGAGGAAGAGCUACAUGCUCCGCUCCAUCGACGACCCCAACUACGCCGUCGCCUUCGUCGAUCGCCUGGAGAGCGAGUGCCUGCAGCUUCAAGGUGAGAAAAUCCCCCGCCGGCUGAAAAUUUGUCGAGAAGUUCCUCCUGACCUGCCCGUCUGCUUGGUCUUUCACGAAAAGCUUCGAGGAGCUCGAGGGUGGCUUCCGCGCUCAGCAAGUCGCAAUUGCAGGACGGGUACGUAUCGUACCCGUGGGAGAAGAAGAUGAGGGAGUCAUUGUCGGUUCCGAACUCGAGCAGUUUCCUGUCGCUGCUCAUCCUCCCCAAGGCCUCCAACCCUUCUUCUUCCCACUACAACUCGUUCGAGGACACACUGGCGCGGGGGAACACCUGGCUCAACUCGUCCCAAGCCUCCGGCGUACCCAUCGUCUUCUUGAGUGCGCAGUCUGAGCCUCUUCUCACGAAGGUGAGGGAAACGGGAGAGAGAGAUCCUCGAACAGAGGGGAAUCCCUCGAGGGAGAUGAAACUAACAACCCAUGGCGGCCACUUGUUUGAUAGAUAUCUGGAGAGACAGCUUCCUCGACGGUGAACGCCGGUUCCUUGACGGAUCUCUGCAACCUCGCCAAUGCAAGCCUCUACGGGUUCGAGGACUACCAUGGAGUUGACAUAGGAGUGGUGAGGGCCAUCCGCCUCUGGUACGCGCCAGCUGCUGGAGAGUAUCCGUUGGAGAUCAGACCGGAGGAAGGCGAUUCGAGGCUCGGAUUUGCUGUCGGCCGCACGCAAGAGGUAGGGAUCUGCUCUUCCUCCUCGUUCCCUCUGGUUCUAGGGUUAUUGAUCAAACUAUUGGUCCUCCAGGGUUUCAUCUUCGUUUCCUCUGUGGCCAAUGAGGACGACGAAGACGACGACUCUCCCGCGACGCGAUCGGGUCUCAGAGAUCUGUACAGAGAAGCCGUGCGGGCCGGUAAGCACCUCGUGAUCUCCAGAGUUUCCAACGAGAAGAUUCUCCCAUGGAUGGUCUCCCCCUCCGGCGCGAUCCGGUGCUUCGACACCGUCUCCCUCAGCCGCAAGCUCUCCCUCCACCGCCACGCGCUGCAACCCAUCCUCCUCCACAUCCUCCUCUGGGACCUGGAGUCCUUGUCCCCCAACGGAGGCUCUCGCCGGAGCAUCGGAUCCCCAAUCGUCGCAGCAGAGCCGCCAUCGCCGGCUACCCCGGCCAUCGUCGAAUCGGCGACGGACUCUCCCCCGCCGAUCGAGCUGCAGCGGGACAUCUCCCUGUCUCCCUCACGUACAUCCGAGAGAGACGCCGCUGUCGCACCAGCGCCGCCGCCGCCGCCUCCGCCGAGCGCCGCACCGGCGAGGGACCUAUCUCCUCCGCCCGAACUGGUGCGGGAGAUCUCCCUCUCUAUCUCCCGAUCUCCCGACAGGGACACCUCAGGGAGCUCCUCUUUCCGGUUCCACGAUUUCUCUAUCCAAACCAACUGGGUGUGA